AUGGAUGAAAAGGCUCGCAGCUUGCUGCUUCAAAACCGAGCAGCACUGGCAAAGGACAUCAGGACUGCCUACAUCAUGGAUCACAUGAUUGGUGAUGAAGUCAUUACACCACAAGAAGAAGAGAAAGUGAAAAGCCAGGCUACUCACAUUGACCGAGCCCAACGGCUUAUUGAUGUACUUCUUGGCAAAGAUAAUCGAGCAUAUGUUUCCUUUUACAAUGCCCUGCUACAUGAAGGGUAUAAAGACCUGGCUGCGCUUCUAAAAGGAGCUACUUCUAUUGAUGUGACUGGUAGUAUCAAAGCUGCAGUGAAUGGUAUUACAUCAUUUGUUAAAACAGCCUUGUGUGAAGGUGGAGUGCCACAGAGACCUGUAGUAUUUGUCACUCGGAAGCAUCUUGUACAGAAUAUCCAUGACUGCUUGUACAGUUUGAGCAAUGAUCCUGGAUGGGUUACAGUGUAUGGGAUGGCAGGCUGCGGCAAGUCCGUAUUAGCAGCUGAAGCACUUCGGGACCACCAGAUCCUAAAUGACUGUUUCCCAGGUGGAGUACAUUGGGUUUCUAUUGGGAAACAGGACAAAGCAGGACUGCUGAUGAAGCUGCAGAAUCUCUGUACACGCCUGGAUCAGGACUGCAAGUAUUCACAGAGACCCCCUCUCAAUAUUGAGGAGGCAAGAGACCGUCUUCGAAUGCUCUUGAAUCGCCUUUUUCCAAGAAGCCUUUUAAUAUUGGAUGAUGUUUGGGAUCCCUGGGUAUUGAAAGCAUUUGAUGUCCAGGGCCGGGUCCUCAUUACAAGCAGAGACAAGAGUGUAACGGAUGCUGUGUCUGGAAUGAAACACUUUGUUCAUGUGGACAGUGAAUUAGAGCACAAGAAAGGCCUAGAAAUUCUGUCUCUUUAUGUUGAUAAGGGUUUGGAAGAACUGCCAGAAGAGGCACACCAAAUCAUAGAGGAAUCAAAAGGUUCACCUCUUGUUGUGUCUUUGAUUGGUGCUCUGCUGCGAGAAUUCCCCAAUCGCUGGGCUUUCUACCUCAAACAGCUUCAAAGGAAACAGUUUAAAAGAAUUAGGAAAUCUUCUUCAUAUGAUUAUGAAGCACUUGAUGAAGCUAUGUCUAUGAGUGUGGAUAGGCUGAAAGAUGAUCUCAAGGAGUUCUACAAUGAUUUAUCUGUAAUAGAGAAAGAUGUGAAGGUGCCGACUCAGGUUCUGUGUAUCUUGUGGGACAUGGAAAGUGAGGACGUGGAGGACAUACUACAAGAGUUUGUCAACAAAUCAUUACUACUAUACUGUGAUCGUAAUGGAAGAUCGUUCCUGUAUUACCUGCAUGACUUGCAACUGGAUUUUCUCACAGAGAGGAACCGGGAUCAGUUACCUGCUCUCCAUGCCAAGCUUGUCAGUCAGCAUCAAAAAUACUAUUCUUGUGAGCUUCCAACUAUGGAACAAGAAGAUUGUGCAUACUGGUACCAUUACCUAGCAUACCACAUGGCCCAGGCCAAUAUGCAUCAAGACCUCCGUUCUCUUCUUUUCUCUCUGGAUUGGUUAAAAUCUAAGAUGAGAUUAUAUGGGCCAGCACAUCUCAUUCAUGAGUUUGUACGUUACCGGGACAUCCUUGAUAAGCAGGACAGCAAAACACGGGAAGAUUUCCAGGAGUUUCUGUCUGUGAAUGGCCAUCUCCUAGGACAGGAUUCUCAUAUAAACCUCAUACAGUUGGGUCUUUCUCAGCCUGAUGACUCCAUGGUAUACAAGCAAUCUAUUCUCCAAGCCAAGGAAGAGCUCCAGCACGGAGCACUGUAUGUGAACUGGAUAAACAAACAAUGUAUGAAGAAUUUGGCCAGCCUGGCAGUACGUCCUCACUCAGAGGCAGUGUAUCAUGCGUGCUUUUCCCAUGACAGACAGAAAAUUGCAUCUUGUGGAGCUGAUAAAACUUUGCAGGUCUUUAAAAGUGAAACCGGGGAGAACUUGCUACAGAUAGAGGCUCACGAGGAUGAAGUGCUGUGUUGUGCAUUUUCUGCUGAUGACAGAUUUAUUGCAACCUGUUCCGGAGACAAGAAAGUGAAGAUUUGGAACGCAUUGACCGGGAAGCUCAUAAGGGAGUAUUCGGAGCACUCAGAGCAGGUCACAUGCUGCCAAUUCACCAAUGGAAACUCUCCUUGCCUGCUGGCCACCUGUUCCUAUGACUGCACACUUAAAAUGCAGCUGUGGGACAUUGAUAGGAAGUAUUGUCUGAACACCCUUUUUGGUCAUUCAGAUUGUGUGAACCAUUGCAGAUUUUCACCUGAUGAUAAGUAUUUGGCCAGUUGUUCUAUGGAUGGUAUUUUACUGAUCUGGGAAGUAUCAUCUGCUAAUGAGUAUAAGUCUAUUGAUGUAGCACAGUCUUUCCAAAGCAAGAAUGAAUCACAGUUUCUACUCAAAUGCUGUUCUUGGGCUAACGAUUGUUCCAGAAUUAUGGUGACUGCCCGGAAUUGCCUAUAUAUAUUUGAUGUUGAAAGCAGUGACCUUGUGUCUGAACUUGAGGCAUGCCACCAGAGCAUUACUAUUUUGUACUGUGAUUUCUGCACAUCCAAUCAGAUUGUAGCAAUGGCCUUGUCACACUAUGUUGUUCAGCUAUGGAAUAUAGACUCCAACACAAAAAAUAGCAGAAUUCAAUGCACAUUUAAGUUGGGUUCAUUGUGUUCAAUUUUCCAGUGAAGGGUCUUCAUUCUUAACCUGUUCAGAUGACCAGACUGUGAAGCUUUGGGAGACGAGUAAAGUGUGCAAGCCCUCAGGCAUCGUCCUAAAGCAUGAAUUUUGUAAUUUUGAUGUGGCAUUCACUGGAGAUCAAGUGAACGUUCUGGCAUCUGACAAGGAAGAUUGCUUACUGCUAAUUAAUGGAAACACUGGAGAUGUAGUUCAUCAGAGCGGUCGCCAGAAAUCUCCUAUAACUUGCUGCUGUUUAAGCUAUAAUAGGCAUCUGGCAGCUGUAGGUGGUGAUGAUGGAUCUAUCCAGGUUUUUGAUUUAGCAACUGGCAAAUUUCUUAAGCACCUUCAAGGUCACAGGAAGACUGUACAGCACUGUCAGUUCACAUCAGAUGGCAAAAGACUUAUUUCAAGCUCAGACGAUUCCUCUAUUAGGGUCUGGGACUGGAUGGUUGAUCGUAGCAUUUUAUUACAAGGGCACAAAGAAGCUGUGAAAUGUUUUAGAAUUUUGCAAGAUUCCAAACUUUUGUCCUGGUCAUUUGAUGGGACAGUGAGGAUACGGGACCUUAGUAAUGAAACUAAAGAGGAAGAAUUCCUUUGUCACACUGGUGCUGUUUUGUCUUGUGAUGUUUCACCUGACUACUCAAAGUUUUCAUCCACUUCCGCCGACAAAAGUGCCAAGAUUUGGAGUUUUGUUGGAUCAACUCUCCUGCAUGAGCUGACAGGUCACCAGAGCUGUGUGCGCUGCUCCAACUUUUCUUCAGACAACAACCAUCUAGCCACUGGCGAUGACAAUGGAGAAAUCAUGAUUUGGAAAGUGGACAGUGGGGAGCUGCUCAGACAGUGUCAUGUGAAUAAAGGUGAUGACUGGGUGAAGGAUAUACAUUUCUCUCCUGACAAUAAACUAAUAGUAUCCUGUGGAGCUUAUGUCAAAUGGUGGGAUGUGGACUCCGGAGCCUGCAAACAGACCUUCUACACAAAUGGCACAAACUUAAAGUCAAUUCUCCCAUGUUCUUCUUUUAGAACUUUUGUAACCAUUGACAAUCUUGGAAUUCUGUAUGUGCUUCAGUUAGUGGAGUGA